AACGGUUCGUCCUUCACUCCUCAACCGCCUCACAGUCUCCAGUCUGACUCCAUCACCUGCAGGGUCUCCAAACCUCCGCUAUUCGCUUCGCCAUCCUCGGAAGCCGCCCCAUUCCCUCGCCGAGCUGGGUCCGAACGUCUUGUCCAAGGUUAAUCAGACGACACACGUAAUACCACCACUAUGGCUGCUCCUGCGACCCAAUCUCUCAAGUGCGUCGUGACAGGUGACGGUGCUGUAGGCAAAACAUGUCUUCUCAUCUCGUACACGACCAACGCCUUCCCAGGCGAAUACAUCCCUACAGUCUUCGAUAACUACUCUGCAAAUGUCAUGGUGGAUGGAAAGCCAAUAAGCUUGGGACUGUGGGAUACUGCUGGACAGGAGGAUUACGACAGGCUGCGACCGCUUUCCUACCCCCAGACGGAUGUUUUCCUCAUCUGCUUUUCCAUCGUCAGCCCUCCAUCGUUCGACAACGUCAAGGCAAAGUGGUACCCAGAGAUAGAUCAUCACGCGCCCGGUGUACCCAUCAUCCUCGUUGGCACAAAACUUGACUUGAGGGAUGACGAAGCGACCAAGGAGUCGCUCAGACAGAAGAAGAUGGCGCCCAUUCAAUACGAGCAAGCCGUCAUGGUGGCAAAGGAGAUCAAGGCGCAAAAGUACCUUGAAUGCUCUGCGCUCACGCAGCGCAACCUCAAGAGCGUUUUUGAUGAGGCAAUCCGCGCCGUCCUCAGCCCCCGCCCUCAACAAGCGUCAGCAAGGAACCAGAAGAAGAAGUGCACCAUCCUAUAAGAAGCUCAAGAGAGAAACGGGGGGAAGAUUUUGGUGUAAUCGAGGACGGGCCAAAGCGUGAAUAUCCACCUAUACAUCCUGCAACUUGGUCCAGAGUAACGCCUGCCCACAGGAUUAUGCUGGCGAUGACACGAGCGGGAAGAUGGGUGACUUCCUACGAAGCGCAGAUCAAGCAGGAGCUCCACUCAGCAUAUGUCUUCAUUUAAGUGAAAUAGCAUUUGCUUUGCGGCAUCUUUCGGCUCGAUGCAGUUGGAUAUCAGGAGUCUAGUAUUGGCUUUCUGUGGCAUUACUCUUCUUUGGCGCGGAGGAAUCAUAGGAAAUGGAUUUAGCAUUCCCGAUAGAACAGUUUAUUGCAUUACUUUUCCUUCUGACCAAA